AUGAAGACCACAUCUGAACUCCUCUUGGCCGUUUUGGCCUCUGCUGCACAUGCUGUUCCAUUCAGUCAUGUAACACCAACAGCCGUUGAUUCAAACCUACCUAGAGCCGAAGUACAUGCCGCAGCAGCUGCUUCACCCACCGUUUACAUGUGUGGAGAUUCCACCAUGGCUCUCGGAGGCGGCGGAACUGGAACUCAAGGCUGGGGUGUAUACCUCCCAUACUCCCUCAACAUCCCCGUGGUCAACGAUGCCAAAGCCGGCCGCUCAGCCCGUUCCUACACCAAUGAAAACCGCUUCGGUGAAGUCAUUGCCACCAUCAAAUCUGGCGACAUCGUCAUCAUUGAAUUCGGACACAACGACGGAGGAUCCCUCACUCCAACCGACAACGGACGUUCCGAUUGCCUAGGAGCCGGUAACGAAACCUGCACGACAGCCGCUGGUGUAAUCGUGCAAACCUACCCCACCUAUCUCACCAACGCAACCGAGCUCAUGGUCGCCAAAGGUGCCCACGUCAUCAUUUCCUCUCCUACCCCUGAUAACACAUGCGAAACUGGUACAUGUUCAUAUACAUCACCUCGCUUCACGGGGUACGGCGAGGAGGUUGUGAAGAAUGUCGGAAGCAUGUCUAGCUUCAUUGAUCACGGUACUUAUCUCGCCAAUCAAUAUGCUGUCCUUGGUGCUAGUAUUGUUAAUACUUAUUACCCCAAUGAUCACACGCAUACUUCUCCGAUUGCGGCGAAUCUUGUUGCCGGAGUCUUUGUUAAGGGGGUUUUGUGUGCGGGGGCUUCUAAUCCUUUGUAUUCUUAUAUUAAGAAUAGCACGGCUAAUGUUGUUGGUACCUGUAUAUAA